AUGAAUGUGAUCCUCAGGGAAGGCGAGCCGGCAUCACAGAACGGGCUGCCGUCCGACCAGGAGUCUCCCAGGGACAACGUGGACGGAGGCGAGCAGGUGAACGGCACAUCGGAGCCGAGCCCCGCAGGUUCUCCCGGAGCGUCUCGUAAAGGAAAGCAGGCGAGUCAGGCGGCGACGCUGCCGGCUAAAACUCAACUCGACGCUCCGACGUCCCAGCUGGAAGGAUUCCUGCACCGCAAGCACGAGUGGGAGGGUCACAACAAGAAGGCUUCAAGCAGGUCGUGGCACAACGUGUACUGUGUGAUCAACCAGCAGGAGAUGGGUUUCUAUAAGGACCAGAAGAGCGCCAGCCAGGGAAUCCCUUACCACAGCGAGAUCCCCAUCAGCCUGAAGGAAGCCGUGUGUGAGGUAGCGCUGGACUACAAGAAGAAGAAACACGUCUUCAAACUCAAGAUUACUGACGGGAACGAGUAUCUCUUCCAAGCCAAAGAUGAUGAGGAGAUGAACACGUGGAUCUCGGCCAUCUCAGCCGCCGUGUCGGUGGAAAGGUCAGAGGUCACGCCCAGCAGCCAUAGCACGCCCGCCCCCGCCGCACGCGCUCAGACGCUCCCCGCCUCCGUCACCACGGCAACGGCCGAAUCCAGCCCGGGAAAACGAGAGAAAGACAAGGAGAAACGCUUCAGUCUGUUCAGCAAGAAGAAAUAGACGCUUCCUUCUUCUUCUUCUUCUUCUUCCUCCUUCCUACUUCUUCCUACUUCCUACUUCCUACUUCCUACUUCCUACUUCCCUCCGGUGCUGUUUGGGGUUCUUCCUCGUCAUCGAUCGAUCUUUGGUCACAUUAUUUGUUGAAGAUGUCCAAAAAAAAUCGAUUUAGUCAGCUCGUAGCAACUGAUACUGUCAUAGAUAAUGGAAAUAAAAAGAAUUAAAAAACUAACAAUAAGAAGAAGAAAAAAAAAAAAUCAUUAAAUUAAAAUUAAAAUGAACUGAUGAUGUAAUAGUAAUAAUUAUAAUAAUGAUAAUAAUUAUAACAUCUGCUUAAUAAAGUUGUUUUAAUCUUUAUUUUACACUCGUCUGAACAGCAAGAUGCAACAUUAUCAGUUGUUAUGUAUUGAAUUAAAUCCCCAAACAGUCCCUCUUCUUCCUCUUCCUUCUUCCUCUUCCUCUUCCUCUUCCUUUUCCUCUUCCUCUUCCUCUCUCUUUAUCUCCACUUUUCCUCUCAAAGCGUGACUCCAGCAUGCAAGCUCCGAGCCAAAACUCUCCACUCUGUGCCUAUCAACCGUCCGGUCCGGCUCAGAGCUACAAGUUACAUCAUCGACGACUACACACACACACACACACACACACACACACACACACACACACACACACACACACACACACACACACACACACACACACACACACACACACACACACACACACACACACACACCGCCUGUUUCCUCUCUUCAAGUUUUUUGUAAAGAUAUAUUAGAAGAAAAAUUUAAAAAAAAGGAGCAGGAGAAUAAAAAAGAGAAAAAAUUGAA